AUGGGAUACCUCCUGACGUCGCAGCCUUCCAUCUUCUCCCGGGGGGGGAUCAAUUUUACACCCCCGCGGUUGGAGUUGCCGGUCCCCGGCCUUUCUUCGUCUCGCAGUGGAUACCCUAAACUCCCUGGUGGAUGCCCCGAGCUGGGGCUCAUAACUUCACCGGACCCUGACGAGGGAGGGUGUGCCAGUCCCCACGGGGAGGCCGUCGUCUCUCCUGGCUUCGCCCGACAUUUCGUGGCUCUCUGGAGGGCCAUUGAGGAAGAGAAGAACCAUGAACACCUCGCAUCGUCGAGCUCGACCGUUUCCUCCCCCGAGGCGCCGCCGAUCCUGGUGGAGGUCGUCGAUCGGAUAGUCCUCGGUGGUGAACCUCUUGACCAGAAUCUGCGGUGGGCAGCCUGUUUGGCGGCCAUGGAUCCGCACGCCAGUAAGCACUGGAAGCGUCUCCUGGAGUGUAAGGACAAGUGUCGCGUGAACAACUCCCUGAGGGCAAUUCUUAGUGUCGUCUUCAGGCUCGCGGUCGACGAGGUGGGGCACCACCUCAUACGCAAGCUUAUUUCGGCCUGUGACGAGACAAACCUCCAUGUCGUCGUGACAGAGGUGGUGGCCCACCAGAAGCAGCUGCUGGAGACGGCGAAGAACGCACUUGGGUAAGCCUACCUUCUUCUUCUUCCUCUUUAUCCUAUGUGGGGGACUAAUAGACCCCUCUUCCCAUCUACAGGGUGAAAUGGGUUCAACAUCUCCUCCAGUUAGCCAAGCCGUGGCCGUCCCUGAUCCGCACACUCAGCUUCGCUCUCUUCGGCGGCGCCGCCGACCUCAUGAUGGACAAGUACGGUUCCCGGCUCAUCAAGGAGUGCUUGAGUCGACUCAGCUUCGAGCAGAACAAGGUACGAUGCUCUUCAAGAAACCGAUCCCUCCUGUCCUUUUCUUCACACAACGCCUCUCCGAAGACGUUGAAACCACCCUGUAAAUGCUCCUCCAGUUUAUAUACGUUGCGGCCCUGGCUAAUCUGAGGACAGUCGCCAAGAACGAGCUCGGGUGCAUCACCCUCAUGAAGAUCGUUGACCAUGCUCUGGGAGCGACCAAGCACGAGCUCCUGGCUGAGAUAAUAUCACAUUCCACGUGCCUCUCCCAGGACCUGUACGGGUACAAGCGGAGACUUUGACUUCUUAGGCUUUCUUCCCCCUCUUUUGCUUCACGGGUUUUCUGACGUCUAAAGGUCUUUGACGGCGGCCACAGGAACUACGUCGUCCAGCACAUCUUCGACCUGGGGGAGGAGAAGUACGAGGAGAGGCUUUGCUGGGAGGUAAGGAGCCACCUGCUCCAACUCUGCACGCAGAAGAACGGCAGCCACGUCGUGGAGAAGUGUCUGGCCUCUGCCGGCGGGCGGCUUCUCCUCGAGGAUCUGGUCUCCCACAAGAAGCUUCUCCAGAUCGCCCAGGACUCCUACGGGAACUACGUCGUCAACGCGGCGCUGAGGCUCUCCAAGGUGUGUCAUCUCCAUCAAUUCCCCCCCUCAACCACCCUUCCCCAUUCUUACUCUUCCUCUCAGAUUCCUUCUCACACAAGAAUAUGUUGCCUCUUUGUGCGCAGACGGCGGCGCCCCUGCUUCACCAGAGGCUGGUGGAGGCCCUCAGAGUUCAUUCGCAGAGCCUCAAGCACCAUCCCCACGGGAGGCACGUUUAUAAGAACGUAGCAGAGGGGGCGGACUACCGAUCAACAUCAAAAUGA